AUGUGGUAUCUAUUAUCACAAAUUUACUCUCGGAGAGAUUUCACAUUCGUCAAAGAUUGCUUGCCAGCAAUCGCGGGGUUCGUCAGACAAUUUCAAGGUGCACUGAAGGAUGACUUUUGUGCUGGUUUGUGGAAGAGAGACAUGUUACGUGGGCUGGUUUGGGUCACCGAUGCGCAACAUCUCUCGGAUGAAGAGUUAAUGGAAGCUACUGCUAGAAAAAGUUGGCCUUCGUGGAGUUGGCUGAGUAGUUUUUCUAUGGAGUUAUUGUUGCCUUUGAGGCAUCUCACUCACAGAUCUACUCAUUUUGCAAAAGUCAUAGACGUCGAAAUCGACUACGUAACUCGAGACGUGUUUGGAGAUAUUGAAGGAGGAAAGUUGAUUCUUGAGGCACCUUCACAUCUUUUUGAAUUAGUGCUAGAGGACGACUGCCAUCCUCCAUGGGGCAUUGAGAAGCUUGCGCAUAUAACCUUGACCGAGCCAGCGAUAAGAUUGGCACAUACUGGCCGCUCUGUCGUCAUUCCUAGAACUCGCGCUGUCCAUCAAUUCGCUUUUGUUAAGUUGAUGGAAGUACAUGAGACGAUACCGAUACAAGUGCUACUCCUUUUGCAACGGCUCAACACCAAUCGUGCAACGCAGGUGGUCUACCGUCGAGUUGCGCUGGUCUGUACUAUGCCCUUAGCGAAGCCCUGUGAUGAUUUUCUUGGUGAAUUUGAUGUGGGAUUUAAUGAGCAGUUCGACAGUGGUUCUGACAAUGACAAAGGGCAUGACGCUUGCCAUGACGCUGACAAUGAAUUCAAUGAUGGCAAUCAUUCUUAUGCCAAUUCAUCCAAUCAUGCUGGCGAUGGUUUUGAAAGUGGCAAUAAUACUUAUUCUGAAUGUGAUAAUCUUUCAGAAACUUCAAUAACAGAGGAACUUAAGCUAGUUGAAAGAUUACGAAGCGCGGCAAAUAGGGAAGUUGUUCGGGGAUUCUGGCCGACGUGGACUUUCACGAUUAUUUGA